CCUUGGACAGGAUUCACACAGAUAACAGACUCCAUGCUGGGCUCUCUCUGCCUUCUGUGGCUCCUAGCCCUGACCUUGUCGGUUCCCAAAGCUCAGCCCUUGACUCCUCAAGACUUCGAGGAAGAGGAGGAAGAUGAGACGGUGAGCACACCUUUCCUGGCUGUCCCCUGUGACUACGACCGUUGCCGCCACCUGCAGGUGCCCUGCAAUGAGUUGCAGAAGGCCAGGCCGGUGGCCUGCCUGUGCCCGGGGCUGUCCAGCCCUGCCCGGCCUCCGGACCCGCCACGCCUAGGAGAAGUGAGCAUUGUGGCCGAAGAGGGCCGCGCCGAGGUCCACUGGUGUGCCCCCUCCUCCCCGGUCCACCACUACCGGCUGCUGCUUUGGGAAGGCAGCGGGGCUCCGCAGAAGGGCCCCCUACUCAACACUACGGUCCGCAGAGCAGAACUGAAGGGACUUAAGCCUGGGGGCGCUUAUGUGGUUUGCGUGGUGGCUGGUAAUGAGGCCGGGGAGAGCCGCGUGUCUCAGGCAGGUGGGGAGGACCUCGAGGAGGUAUCCUUCCCGGCCUUCGGGCCCUGCGGCCGGCUCACCGUGCCACCCAGACCGGUCACCCUAAUCCACGCGGCCGUGGGGGUGGGCACAGCCCUGGCUCUGCUAAGCUGCGUCGCCCUGAUCUGGCACUUCUGCCUCCGCGAGCGCUGGGGCUGCCCGCGCCGCGCAGCCACCGCCCAAGCCGCAGGGGCGCUCUGA